AAUGCACAUACAGAACAAAGCUUUGAAAGCAGAAGUCUGUGCUGAAGAUUUUCAGACCAGUUAUACACGAACUGCUUUGUCUCAACAAUAGCAAAAAUUUCAGGUUAUCUUCACUUUGCAAAGGAAGUCAACAAUGACCAACAGACUGGAGCGAUCCAACUCAAUGCAAGGUGAAACCCUUUACAGAAUUUUACAAUUGCCAAGGAAAUCUUCACCAGAAGAGGUCAAGGCAGCAUAUAGAAAGCUAGCUCUGAGGUACCAUCCAGAUAAAAAUCCCGAUGACCCCACGGCAGCUGAGCAUUUCAAGGAAAUAAACAGAGCCCACAGGAUCCUCUCUGAUCGAAGAAAGAAACGCAUCUAUGACUCGUACGGUUCAGCUGGGCUACACGUGGCCUCCAUGCUAGGGGAGGAUGGGGAGAACUUCAUGGCCGCAAGGAACCACUGCUUCAUGAAGUUUGUGACCUAUUUCUGUGCAAUCGUAACGUGCUGUUGUUGCUGCUGCUGUUGUUGUUACUGUUGUGGCAAAUGUUUACGAAAAGAUAUGCACACAGAUGACUUAAACCCUAUUCUGGUCCAACCGUACACUGUGAACAGAGAAACCAGUCCAGUAAGCCAAGAGUUUGAUCUCAGUGAAAACAAUUAAAUAAGAAGUGAGAUCUUUGCUUUCAAUGGAAAUUGUAGGCUGUUUCAACCCUUGGCAACGUGAUAGAACUUCUACUAUGGAGUAACUUUUCUCCACCAUCUAGCAUUUGAUUAAAAAAAUCUUAAGGGUUGAAGAACAGAAGACCAUUUGGUCCCUGAAGUUCAUUACAUGCGCAGACCAUGUAAAAUCCACACCAUCAUGGACUAUGGCCAUUUAAAAAUGCAACCACAACAGAAUGCUGUAGCCAAACCAGGUUUUCCUUCGCUAGUCUCCAAAUCCCAAAAUUGCCAUUCCAUGCUGUAGCACAAAAGGUUAGUUUACUUGUGGGUUGAAAGCUGCUUCUGCAGUGUCAGUCAUUGAUUGGCCCAUUCAAAGGAUGCAGGAUGUCCCAUAGGUGUCCAGUUUCAGGCGUUUCCUUUGUCUCAGGGCACUCAACAUCACAUUGAGGUCACGACUAAUGCAGAAGAACCAUUGGGACAGUACGCUGCAGGUACACAGGGCUCACCCUCAGCAGGAUAUUUGUUUGUCGAAUGGUUAUUUUUAUAGUUGCUUAAUUUAGGGUUACUUGGAUGUUUGGUUGAAUGUUUUACUGUUUGUCUGUAAAUAAAUGAUUAUUUGUAAUCAGUGUCUUCUACUUCACCAAACUCAUGAACUUGUUUCCUCAUAACACAUGCUCAAAAAAAAAUCUGAAUCCUAAAGAAGUUCUCGUUUCUCCGGAGGUAAACCAGUGCCACGUCUCCUACAAUAUCAGCCAUGUCCGUUUCAUUAUUCACACAGAUAAGGAAACAUCAACCUCCAUGGAGAACUUGACUAGGUAGGCUUUGGCUUAUCAGCUGAUAGAACACCCAUUUACCUAUUUCUCCUUUGUCCUUGAAGGCUAAGUAAAAUUAGAUUAAGAGGCAGAUUAGAAAUUCAGUUAGAUCCAUUGUUGAGUUAAUGUGAAGGAAAACAAAAUUUGCACACUCAUUACAAGAAACGUCUUCACUCAGAGGGCGUUGGGAGUGUGGAACGAGCUGCCAGCACAAGUGGUUCAUGUGUGCUUGAUUUCAAUGUCUACGAGAAGUUUGGAAAGGUUAAAGGAUGGUAGGGGUAUGGAGGGCUAUGAUCCCAGUGCCAGUCGAUUGGAGUAGGCAGUUUAAAUGGUUCAGCAUGGACUAAAUAAGUUAAAGGGCCUGUUUCUGUGCUACACUCUUCCAUGACUUUAUGACUCUAUUACAGGAACUUCAUCACUUCAUUUCCUGGAAGGAUUUAUAUUCUCCUUAGCAUAUCUCUUCUUGUAUUAAAAAAACCCUUUAGUUAAAAUUCAACACACAAAAUCCGUUUGCAGUGAGUGAGAUUUUCAACCUUAGUGACUUGAGAAACACUACUCAUGGUCCAAAACCAGGAGAAAAUCUGCAGCUGCUGGAAAUCUGAGCAACACACUCUACAUGCUGGAGGAACUCAGCAGG